AACGUCGACGCCGUUGUCUUGGUUUUCGCGGUUCUCGUCUCCUUCGUCCUAGCCACGACUUUAGUGCGUCUCUCGCGCGAUCGGCAUGUUCGCGUCCUCGUAAUGGUUCUUCUCGGGAAACCGGUGAUCCUCUUCUUCGAUGCUGAGGUUUGGCCGUGCCUCAAUCCUCGCGCGCGUCCCUGUCGACGUUACGAGAGAGGUCGAGGUCGCUCCUCUAUCUAGUGAUUUAAAAUCUCAAAAUAGAAGAAGAAUUAAAUUUAAUCAGAUAAAAGGGAAGAUCUAAAGUUUUAGAAAGUUUUUAAUGCGGUGAAUCAAUCUGGGAUGGUUUUCGGUGAAGAGUGUUUAAAUUGUAAGGUGUUAAAGCAAAUCCUCCAAAGCCUUAAAAUUUUCAGUUUAAAUUCACUUUUUUAAGAUUCCUCCUCCGUUCGACCUUGUCAUUGAUCAACAAGGGUCGUAUUUAAUACAGUGCUUCCUUAAUAUAACCCUAUGUUUAUAUUUGCGCCACAAGAUAACAUGUCAACCACUCGUCCGGAUUCCGCUCCUCGGCGAAAUAGAUAUUCUAGAUCGUCUACGACGAGUGUGACUCAAUUGCUCAGCGAUUCGUGUUCAAGUCUCCUACAGAGGCUAACAACCAGGGUUAGAGGUCCUUCGACUACAACCGAGCGUACAGACCCCAUCUCCACGAGGAAGACUCCAGUCCUCAGUCGUCAUAACAGCACCAGGAGUCGAUUCGAGGAUAAAUACGCGCAGAUCCUCGAUAGAUACACCAGUUACAGAAAAAGGGACGAUGAUCAUCCCCGUAGACAAGAGAGGGAUAAGAGCUACCAUCAUCGAAGAGAUGAGAGUCCGUAUCUUCGAGACGAGAAAACUUUGGAACCUUCUGUUCAGAGGACUGUUGUCAAAAGCCCCAGGGCGAGUGUUCUUCUUAGCGAAAAAGCUUAUCCUUACGUCAGUACCUCAAAUAUUGGAAGGGACCUUCGGAGGGAGAGAACUCCAGGCUAUCAUCGAGCUGAUAGACACUUAAUGAGUAAUUCAGAGACUUAUAAACAUUAUGGGAGGCACAAAUCUGGUCACGCCGAUUCCAGAAGAACGAAAGUGAAACUUCCGAAUAGAAGUGGAAAGAGUGAACAGAUUGAAGGAACUUCACUUGGGUUGAGAUCGAGAAGAGCUGAGGAUUGUGAAGCUAUUAGUUCAAAGGGAAAGGAAUUCGAUAGGAAAGAAACGGAUAGAAAAGGUUUUUAUAAAUACGGAUUGGAUAAAAAAGGUUUGGAUAAAAGGGAAUUAGAAAGAAAAGAAUUUGUUAUGAAAGAACUUGAUAGGCUUGAUCCUGAAAAGACACCGACUGUAAGUGGCGUUCAGGAGGAAGAAGAAACUGAUCCGGUUCUUAGAGAAAGAGAAACAAGGCGGAAGGAAAUUCAGAGUUUGAUUUUGAAGUACGCUGCUUUGGAUGAGGCGUACGGUAAAUUCACGGACGAUAGUGAGAAACAGGAAUUAAGUGCUGCUGAUAAAAUUGCCAGCAAGUAUCAGAAGAACAACCUCGACAAGAACGAGAUUAAAAUCUCGAAUCUUCGCAAUAAUGACGCGGAAACUUUGACGAAUCCGAUUAGCCCACGACCACCCUCCGUCGAGGAUGACGAAGACGGCCACCUUAUUUACCAAUCCGGCGACGUCCUGGCAAAUAGAUAUAAAGUACUGGCCACCCUAGGAGAGGGUACUUUUGGAAAAGUUGUCAAGGUUAAGGACAUGUUAAUGGAUCACGUGAUGGCACUCAAGAUCAUCAAAAAUGUGGAAAAGUAUCGAGAGGCUGCCAAGCUGGAGAUCAACGCUCUGGAAAAGAUCUCGUCGAAAGAUCCGGAGGGUCACCAUUUGUGCGUCAAGAUGUUGGACUGGUUCAACUACCGUGGACACAUGUGCAUCGCCUUCGAAAUGCUGGGUCUAAGCGUGUUUGAUUUCUUGGUGAGUACUGCUGAAUCGAACGAUGGAAGAUCCAAUUCUACUGGAAAUUCGUCCUUGCAGAGAAAUAACAAUUAUCAGCCGUAUCCGCUGGACCAGGUCAGGCAUAUAGGGUACCAGCUCUGCUACUCGGUGAAGUUUCUUCAUGACAAUAAACUCACCCACACCGAUCUCAAGCCGGAAAAUAUUCUCUUCGUUGACUCCGAUUAUGAGAUGAUCAGCAAUGGCAAAAAGCGGAAAGAGGUGCGACGUGUGAAGCGAACGGAUAUUAAACUCAUUGACUUCGGCAGUGCUACUUUCGAUCACGAGCAUCAUAGCACAAUUGUCAGCACAAGGCAUUACAGAGCACCCGAAGUAAUUUUAGAAUUGGGAUGGUCUCAACCAUGUGAUGUUUGGUCCAUCGGUUGCAUUCUCUUUGAACUUUAUCUGGGCAUUACUUUAUUCCAAACACAUGAUAAUCGCGAGCAUCUAGCAAUGAUGGAGCGUAUUCUUGGUUCAAUUCCCCAUAAUAUGGCUCGCAAAACCAAGACCAAAUAUUUUUACCAUGGAAAAUUGAAAUGGGAUGACAAGAGCUCAGCUGGCAGAUACGUCAGAGACAACUGCAAACCACUGCACCGCUAUCUAUUAUCAGAAGAUGAAGAUCACAAGCAGCUUUUCGACUUAGUACAACAAAUGCUAAACUACGAUCCAUCCCAACGAAUAACCCUAAAGGACGCUUUGACUCAUCCCUUUUUCGAUGCAUUGCCUACGUCGCAGAGAUUUCCAGAUCCAAGGGCCGCUGGAGACUCCCAGCAGUCCCACGAACGGUCCCAUUCGCUCUCUCGAUGAAGCUAGGACAGGGACCAACCUCCGUAUCAAGCAGACACUCUCAAGCCGAAAGUCUGGUUCUCUUGUUCGUCAAACGAUCUCUCGAUUGGUAUCAAUCGAUCAUACGAGACGCCCAACUUUAAAAUUCGAUGACAACGUUUCCAGGAUUCCUCGAAAUCGAUUGAUUUGCCAACGUGUGAAUCCAGAGACAAUCGACGUUUCAAAGAGAACCGUGGACCCCUUCUCGAACUUUUGUAUUUUUUUUUCGAGUUCUUCGAAGCCUAAAUGGAUUUUACUAUCUCUCAAGAUUUAUUUACUUAAUGUGUUAGGGGUCUCAAAGCUUCGGCGCACGCCGCCAUCCACGUGUCUGCUCGGUAAAGCGAAACCGAGUCCCAUGAAUUAUAGACAUUUUAUAUCGCUGCUCUGUACAUUUUAUCCCCUAAUUUUAUUACAAUGUUACAAGUCGAAAGGCGAAUUAAAAGAUCGCGUGGUAAUUUGCUCGUUGAAGAAGUCGAUGACCGCGCCCGCGUUGUUCAAUGCUGGCGCCAAAUGGAUACAUUUACGCGUAGAUAAUGUUAAAUUAGAAUUCUUUAGGUACGAGUGAAAAGUGGAGUGAGUGAAAGUGAUUGUCGUUGCACUAACGACGAGAGCACAUGAAUUUAUUGUGUGAAAAUAAUUUGUGUUUCAAGUGUUUUGAUUGUACGAAUGACUUGCCGUUGAUGACGAGAUCGAAUUUUCGUAAGGAAGCUAGAACCUCCGUUUUUUAUUUUCUUUUUCCCGGGCAAGAAUAAACAGAAGAAAUUUUAUGUUUCUUAGAAAUUUUUUAAGGAUGUCCAUCGCACACGUGAAAUUAGUUCGGUGAUGAGUUGGUGCUCAUUGAGAAGCGUAGCUUGUGUCCUGUAAAUAUGGAUCGGGUAUAUUGAUGUACCUAUUUUGCAACUUCACGUUAAAGUAGUUUUUGUGUAAUGUGCGAUGUUUCUCCUUCCUUCUUCCUUUGUGCCUCUUUAUUAGUUCUUGUAUACUACUUGCUCUCCAACUCACAUAAAACUUCUAGAAAUAAAAAAUGUCUCGGCGCAGAAAAUACUGUUUUUCAAUAACAAUAAAUACAUUUCUUUUAAAUAACGAUAAGAUUGCAUCUUUAUUUGCAAUGUAUAGAACAUUGAAAUUUCCAUACACGUGAUUGCAAACAAAUUUUAAGUCAUCGACACGCUUUUCAAAAAUGUCGAUUUUUAGACAUGAAUUAAGUAUAGCCUGAUUGUGUAAAAUCGAGCGUUAGUUUUUUUAAUCGUUUUAAUUAAGUACACAUCACGGACGCGUUUUGUACUUUCCCGAUCACAAGAAACACGAUACUGAAACUGUCAAGAGUACUGUAGUAUUUUAACUUGAGUGCAAAAUCACGAGUGCUGGAAAAAGGAUUUUUUAAAUUAUUAUUUUUUUGUUUUAAGUGCCUGUAAUUGAAUCAUGCAAAUAAAGGAGGUCAGUCAAUGCGAUUUAAGAGAA